AUGAGCGGGUUGAGAAAUCUCACCAAUACUAGCCAACAGAAUUUAAAUGGUAGUGGUAACGAUUCUGAAUUUUCCUCCGGGGAAAGAGAACAGAUUCUUCGAGGCGGUGAAAAUCCGUUCCUAGGUAGUGACGAGGAAGAAGAAGUGGUUAAUAACAGUGAAACCUCGUUGAUCCACAAUCUACCUCAAUUUGAUAAAGGCCCUGGUAAUGGUCCCCAGAGAGAUCUUUCUGAUUACCGAGGUUACUAUUCAAAAAAUGGAUCUGGUGAUCAACUUGGAGAGAGAACUCAAAAUUUGAAUCCUCCAAAGAUACUGCCACACUCUAAUUCAGUUUCAUCGAAUCUUUCUACAAAUGAUAUCUUAUCACCACCUGAAUACGACAGAUAUCCAUUAGUGGGCUCACGUAUAGCGUCUGUUCAACAGUUACAUGGUUACAAUAAUGCACCACAACACGGCAGCAGUAAUGCUAAUAAUCAACUAGGAAUGAGUCUACCGCCGGGUAACGGAUCAUCAUCUUCGUUAUCAUCAAAUCCAUUCUUGGUGGAUCACGAUUUUUCACCAUUUGGCGGUUAUCCAGAAUCAUCAUUCCCAUUGACUUUGGAUGACAAGGAGGACGAUGAUUAUUUACAUAAUCCUGAUCCUGAGGAGGAAGCACGUCUAGAUCGUAGGAGAUUUGUUGAAGAUUUUAGACACAUGUCUAAAAAGUCAUUCGGUGGAUUGGCCGGAUUUGUACUUUUAAUAUUAGGUGGUGCUGCCAUUUUUGUCAUUUUACCAGCUUUGACCUUUACGGGUGCCACUAAGGGUAGUUAUCACCAAGUGGUUACUUUCCUGACAGAUUACAAAUAUCCACAAUUAUCUGCAAUUAGAACCAAUUUGGUCGAUAAGGAUACACCUGAUCAGUUUAAGACCAAAAAAGCAAUGGAUGGAUCUCUCUGGAAGCUGGUCUUUUCAGAUGAGUUUAACGCCGAAGGUAGGACUUUUUACGAUGGUGAAGAUCAGUUUUGGACCGCGGUUGACUUAAACUACGAUGCUACCCACGAUUUAGAAUGGUAUGAUCCUGAUGCUGCUAUAACUAGGGAGGGUGCUCUGAGAAUCAGAAUGGACGCAUAUAAGAACCACGAUCUUUACUACAGAUCUGCCAUGCUCCAAUCUUGGAAUAAGAUGUGUUUCACUCAAGGUAGAAUAGAAGCUUCUGCCAAUCUACCCAACUACGGUCGUGUGACCGGGUUGUGGCCAGGUAUGUGGACAAUGGGUAAUUUGGGUAGACCAGGCUAUCUGGCUUCCACUGAAGGUGUUUGGCCGUACUCUUAUGAAUCAUGUGAUGCUGGUAUUACGCCAAACCAAUCCUCUCCAGAUGGUAUCUCUUAUUUGCCAGGACAAAAGUUAAAUGCAUGUACUUGUGAUGACGAGGACCAUCCAAAUCAAGGUGUCGGUAGAGGUGCACCUGAAAUCGAUAUGAUUGAAGGUGAGACGGAUACUAGUCUUAAUACAGGUAUUGCCUCUCAAUCGUUACAAGUGGCUCCCUUUGACAUUUGGUAUAUUCCUGACUACGACUUUGUGGAGAUUUACAAUUUUUCUGUUACUUCAAUGAAUACCUAUUGUGGUGGUCCAUUCCAACAAGCUGUCUCGGCAACCACCACGCUACAUCCAGAUUGGUACGAAUUUGGUCCUACAGCUGGUAAAUUCCAAACUUAUGGGUUUGAGCUUUUGAACGAUGACGAAAAUGGUUAUAUCCGUUGGUAUGUCGGUGAUGACCCAACUAUGACACUUCACGCCAAGGCCCUACAUCCUAGUGGUAACAUUGGGUGGAGAAGAAUGUCCAAGGAACCCAUGGCAGUUGUGUUAAACUUGGGUAUUUCCAACAAUUGGGCUUAUAUCAACUGGCAAAUGAUUCUUUUCCCAGUGACAAUGUCUAUUGACUUCGUUAGAGUCUAUCAACCUAACGAUUCAGUCUCGAUUACGUGCGACCCUGUUGACCGCCCUACUUACGAUUACAUCGAACAACACAAGAAUGCCUACUACAACGUUAAUCUAACCUCAUGGGAAGCCGCUGGAUACACUUUCCCCAAGAACAUUCUAACUGGUAAUUGUAAAAGCUCCAAAUUCCAGUUAAAUAAAAAUAAGGAUAAAAAGAACUAA